UUCCGAUUCUUCUCUUCACCCAUCCCUUCUAUAUACUCUGCAACUCUCUUUUUUAUCAUUCAAAGCUCCUGGUUGGAUUCUCUACAUUUCCAGUUUCAUUCUAACAAUUCAGAUCUCUGCACCAAUCAUCAAUUCAUCCCAAUUUUGGAUGCACAUUCUUGUUCGUUUCUUUCUUCUUUGCCUGAUUUCGUGAUUCUAUAUCAGAGCCAUGUCUGAACCCCCAGUGAAACCGGUUCUCCAAAAGCCUCCCGGAUACAAAAACCCAAACGCCCCGGCCGGUCCCCGUGGGUUUAGACCACCGCCACGGAAACCGAUUCUCCCGCCAUCUUUUCAUCCCAAGAAAAGAAAGACUAAUUAUGGUCGUGCUUGUUGUUGUUUUUUCUGCAUCUUCUUUUUGAUCUUCCUUCUCCUCAUUAUCAUUUCCGCCGCCGCUUUCUACCUCUGGUUCGACCCGAAACUACCCGGAUUCCACGUCCAAUCGUUCCGGAUCUCCCGAUUUAACGUCACCAAAAGACCCGACGGAACCUACCUCGAUGCCAAAACGACGACGAGACUCGAAGUGAAGAACCCAAAUGGAAAGAUGACUUUCUAUUACGGGAACACGGAGGUUGAUGUCACCGUGGGGGAAGGUGGGUACGAGACCGAUUUGGGAACGACGAAGGUGCCGGAGUUCAUUAUGCGGAAAAAGAGCACGAGGAGUUUGAGGGUAGAAACAAAGGUGAGUAACAAGCUAGUGGUCGACGAGGUUGGGAACAAGCUCAAGGUUCGGUACCGAAGCAAAAGUUUAAAGGUGAACGUGGAGGCUCGGACGAAAGUUGGAGUGGGCGUGGCAGGGUUGAAGAUCGGCAUGGUCGGGGUGACCGUUAAGUGCGACGGGAUGUCCAAGAAACAACUUGACGGCGGUGACAUGCCCAAAUGCGUGAUCAACACGUUAAAAUGGCUUAACAUUCACUGAAACAGAUCGGAUGGUAAAAAGGACUGGUUGAUUUGAUGGAUUGGGACAUUUUGUAUCCACAUUGGAUUGGAGCAGUUAGGUUCGGCUUUCAUUUUUCUUUACAUAUAAUAAAUAAUUACUAUUUAUUCACACAUUACAUUAUACUUGUGGAAAAUCAAAGGGGGGAGAUACCAUUCCCACGUCAAAGAGUCAUCCAUCGUCCAUAAUAUAUCACAUGGUAAGAGCCAUAACGUGUCUGGGACUUUAUCUUAUUGUAUC